AUGAGAUUGUUGCGAGUCGGUGCAGCUGCCCUGCUGGCAGCUCAGGCAGCUGGUGUUGCGCUUACCCAUAAGCUCAAUGGCUUUACAAUCACGGAGCAUCCGGACCCUGAGAAGCGUGAUUUGUUGCAGGAAUACGUCACCUGGGACGACAAGUCCCUCUUCAUCAAUGGAGAGAGGGUCAUGAUCUUCGCCGCUGAAAUUCAUCCGUGGAGACUCCCAGUCCCCUCGCUAUGGACCGACAUCCUCCACAAAGUCAAAGCCCUCGGCUUCAACACCAUUUCAUUCUAUGUCGACUGGAACCUCCUGGAAGGAAAGCCUGGAGAGUACAGAGCUGAAGGGAGUUUCGCCUGGGAACCGUUCUUCGACGCGGCUUCGGAACUGGGUAUCUGGCUCAUUGCGCGUCCGGGCCCUUACAUCAACGCGGAAGCUUCUGGAGGCGGGUUCCCGGGAUGGCUGCAGAAGCUCAAUGGGACUAUUCGGUCAGCUGAUCAGAGUUACCUGGAUGCUACGGAGAACUACAUUUCCCACAUCGGCGCAGUCAUUGCCAAAUAUCAGAUCACCAAUGGCGGGCCUGUGAUCCUCUACCAACCUGAUAACGAGUACAGUGGAGGCUGCUGUGGGCAGGAGUUUCCCAACCCGGAUUACUUCCAAUACGUCAUCGACCAGGCUCGAAGGGCGGGAAUUGUUGUUCCCACAAUCAGCAACGAUGCUUGGCCGGGUGGACAUAAUGCUCCUGGGACUGGAAAGGGCGAGGUUGAUAUCUACGGGCAUGAUAACUAUCCGCUUGGAUUUGAUUGUGCGAAUCCGGAUGUAUGGCCUGAAGGCAAUCUCCCAACUGACUACCGCGAUUUGCAUCUUGAAAUUAGCCCAUCGACACCUUACACCUUGGUUGAGUACCAAGUCGGCGCAUUCGACCCAUGGGGAGGACCUGGUUUCGAGAAAUGCGCUGCUCUUACUGGCUACGAGUUCGAAAGGGUGUUCCAUAAGAACACCUUCAGCUUUGGAGUGGGCAUUCUCGGUCUGUACAUGACCUUCGGCGGGACGAACUGGGGCAACCUCGGUCAUCCAGGCGGAUAUACCUCUUACGACUACGGCUCCCCCAUUGCCGAGACGCGAGAAAUCUACAGAGAGAAGUACAGUGAGCUCAAGCUGCUUGCAAACUUCAUCAACUCGUCUCCGGGCUACCUCCUAGCCACCCCAGGCACAUUGACAAACACGACAUACACCAACACGGCGGACCUAACAGUGACGCCGUUGCUUGGAAACGGCACCGGCUCGUUCUUCGUGCUCCGCCACAGCGCCUAUAACAGCCUGGCGUCUACUCCGUAUAAACUCCGGCUCCCGACAAGUGCUGGAAACCUGACGGUCCCCCAGCUCGGAGGGUCGUUGGUGCUCAAUGGGCGUGAUUCUAAGAUUCAUCUUGUUGAUUUCGAUGUUGCCGGUACGAACAUUCUGUACUCAACUGCUGAAGUCUUCACUUGGAAGGAGUUUCAUAACGGCAAGGUCCUUGUGCUGUUUGGUGGGCCUGGGGAGCAUCAUGAACUUGCGGUCUCCUCCAAGGAGAAGGCAAAGGUCGUUGAGGGGUCCAAGUCCGGCAUCUCUUCCAAGCAAAUCCGCGGUGCUGUGGUGGUUGCUUGGGAUGUUGAGCCUACACGGCGUAUCAUUCAGAUUGGUGAUCUGAAGAUACUUCUUCUCGACCGAAACUCGGCAUACAACUACUGGGUGCCGCAACUCGGCACAGAGAAAAGCAUCCCAUACAGCACAAAGGACGCCAUCGCUGCGUCUGUAAUCGUCAAAGCCGGAUACCUCGUCCGCACUGCCUUCGUCAAGGGUAGCGCCCUGCACCUUACAGCUGACUUCAAUGCCACCACUCCGGUCGAAGUCAUCGGAGCACCGAAGGCAGCAAAGAACCUCUUCAUCAAUGGCAAGAAAGCCCACCACGCAGUCGACAAGAACGGAAUAUGGAGCACGGAGGUCAAGUACUCCCCUCCAGAGAUCGGUCUCCCUGAUCUAGGAAGCCUGAAGUGGAAAUCAAUCGACACCCUCCCAGAGAUACAAACAAACUACGACGACUCUGCCUGGCCAGAUGCGGACCAACCUACCCAGAACACAAUCUACCCCCUCAAAACUCCCACCUCACUCUACGCCGGCGACUACGGCUUCCACACAGGCUACCUCCUCUUCCGCGGGCACUUCACCGCAAACGGUCGCGAGAGCAACUUCUCCAUCCAAACCCAAGGCGGGCAAGCCUUUGGCUCGUCCGUCUGGCUAAGCGGCAAAUACCUAGGCUCCUGGACCGGGUCAAACGACUACCAAGACCACAACGCAACGUAUACCCUUCCCUCCCUCACAGCAGGAGAAGAGUACGUUUUCACCGUAGUGGUUGACAACAUGGGCCUAAACGAGAACUGGGUCGUCGGGCAAGACGAGAUGAAGAAGCCCCGCGGGAUCCUCAACUAUGAACUGACCGGCCACGAUGCUAGCGACAUAACGUGGAAACUAACCGGUAACUUCGGCGGCGAGGACUACAUCGAUAAAUCGCGCGGCCCAUUGAACGAGGGCGGGCUUUACGCCGAGCGACAUGGGUACCACCAGCCCUACCCGCCCUCAAAGUCCAAGGGGUGGAAAUCAUCGACCCCGCUCAAGGGUCUCUCGAAACCCGGCAUUUCCUUCUACACGACUUCGUUUGACCUUGAUAUCGAAUCUGGCUGGGACGUCCCGAUCUUCUUCGAAUUCGGCAACAGCACGACUCCCGCACCCGCGUAUAGAGUGCAGCUAUACGUGAACGGAUGGCAGUACGGGAAGUACGUGAACAAUAUAGGUCCGCAGACGAGGUUCCCGGUGCCAGAGGGAAUACUCAACUAUCAGGGGACGAACUGGGUCGCGGUUACGCUUUGGGCGCUGGAAAAUAGCGGUGCGAAAUUGGAUAGUUUUGAGCUGGUGCAUGGGACGCCGGUUAGGACAGCGCUGGAUGUUGAGAUCGCUAAUGGGGUUAAGUAUCAGCCCAGGAAGGGCGCUUAUUAG